UUGGUGAGAAAUUGCCCAGGGUAAUUUGUUAUGACAAUGGAUACAAUACGCUAUUAUUUCAUAUUUUUGGUCAUGUUUCUUGGAGCAGGAAUUCACAUGUCAAUCGCGUUGCAGUGCGACUGCCAGUGGUGUAGUAACAGUACCUGCUACACGGAUGGCCUGUGCUUUGUGUCCUUCGUCAAGUCGGGCAGUAAGAUGGUGGCACAGGGGAGCAGGUGUUUACUGGAGGCAGACCUCAUCCCUAAAGACAGGCCGUUCUUCUGCGCCCCUUCCAAGAAGGAGAACACCGGUGUUGUCCCUGUCUGCUGCAACAGAGACAUGUGUAACAAAGACCUCAACCCAGAAGACUACUCAGAGACAUUCCCCACAGCCCGUACCCCUCCACUGAGCCCAGUGACCCUGGCGGCCGUCAUCGCAGGGCCGGUGUGUGUGCUGUGUUUCGUGCUGCUGCUGGUGUUCUAUGUGUGCCACAGCCGCUCGAUCAUCCACCACCGCGUGCCCAAUGAGGAAGACCCUGCCAUGGACCACCCCUUCCUGGCCGACGGACACACCCUCAAAAACCUCAUCUACGACAUGACCACCUCAGGCUCCGGAUCAGGUCUGCCCCUAUUGGUGCAGAGGACCAUAGCCAGGACCAUCAUCCUGCAGGAGAGCAUCGGAAAGGGUAGGUUCGGCGAGGUGUGGCGGGGCCGCUGGCGAGGAGAGGAGGUGGCCGUUAAGAUCUUCUCAUCCCGGGAGGAGCGCUCGUGGUUCCGUGAGGCCGAGAUCUACCAGACAGUCAUGCUUCGCCACGAAAACAUCCUGGGCUUCAUUGCCGCUGACAACAAAGAUAACGGCACGUGGACCCAAUUGUGGCUGGUAUCAGAUUACCAUGAGCACGGCUCCCUUUUUGACUACCUGAACAGGUACACGGUGACAGUGGAGGGCAUGAUCAAGCUGUCCCUGUCCACCUCCAGCGGCCUGGCUCACCUGCACAUGGAGAUUGUUGGCACGCAAGGUAAACCUGCCAUCGCCCACCGCGACCUGAAGUCUAAGAACAUCCUGGUGAAGAAGAAUGGUACUUGCUGCAUCGCUGACCUGGGAUUGGCUGUCCGCCAUGACUCUGCCACUGACACCAUCGACAUCGCCCCCAAUCACAGAGUUGGAACCAAGAGGUACAUGGCCCCUGAAGUCCUGGAUGAUUCCAUAAACAUGAAGCAUUUUGAGUCAUUCAAGCGGGCAGAUAUCUACGCCAUGGGCCUGGUGUUUUGGGAGAUCGCACGGAGAUGCUCAAUAGGAGGUAUCCACGAGGACUACCAGCUGCCCUACUAUGACCUGGUCCAGCCAGACCCCUCGGUGGAGGAGAUGAGGAGGGUGGUGUGUGACCAGAAACUACGGGCCAACAUCCCCAACAGGUGGCAGAGCUGCGAGGUGCUGCGGGUGAUGGCUAAGAUCAUGAGGGAGUGCUGGUACUCCAACGGGGCGGCCCGCCUCACCGCGCUGCGCAUCAAGAAGUCCCUGUCCCAGCUCAGCCAGCAAGAGGGCAUCAAGAUGUAGACUAGAGGGUCAAGACUACGUGUCUGUCUGGACUUUCUUUCUGUCCCCAUCGCUAUGUGCUGUUCUCUUCGACAUCUCUUUCUCUGAAGAGGGAGGGAGGGGAUAGUACAAUUCAGGUGGGUGUGUGUACCUUUCAAUGUCUCAUUCCUUCAAGGCUGAUUGGAGAGAUUGCUUCUCUGCUCUUCUCUGUUCUUCUCUGAAGAACUGACGCUGGACUUUAUUGGGACCUCCUGUAGGAAUUCCAUUGCAAAUAUUCUGAAUCAAAGAAAAUAUGCAUUGAAAGAAAUUCUAAAUUUUGAUAUACCUCUCUCUUUUCAUUUCUCAAAGUACCAAGGUCGGUGUCUAUUUAAGUGUUUUGUUUAAACAUGAUUAAGUGUUACUUAUAUGAAUUUCUUUAUUUCACUUAAUAUCUUUCACCUUAAAAUGUUUAUUUUACAAAUGCCAGAUCCAUAUUUUUGUAUGUGUUUUGUCAAGCAAACAGGACAUGACCUCAUUAAGCUUUGUCAAAUAUGCAGUGAAAUAUGCAAUAUCUUGUUCAUUGCUAUGUAUAUAUGUUCCUUAAAGUGUAUAUAGUGCAUUCAGAAAGUAAUCAGACCCAUUGACUUAUUUCACAUUUGUUACGUUACAGCCGUAUUCUAAAUUUGAUUAAAUUGUUU